CAGCUCCUGUGACCACAUCAAUAAGGAUACGAUGAAGAUCAAUUAAUGAAAUUCUUUGGCCCUUUUCAAAAGGCUUUCCCUUUUUCACAAUGGGGCAAUACAGUAACUACGCAUUAUUGUUUCUUUCUGCAAAACUUUAAAACUGCUUUUGCUUUUUUUUUCCCCGUUCCCCCAGACAAGACAGAAGAGAAUGUGCAGCAAUUGGGAGCAGAGAACAUUUCUGAUGGCUUGAAACGAUGCUGUAGAAAGAAGGUCCUUCUGUUUUCACUAUGCUUUAGGGACCUGUAAUGGCAGAAGAUGGACCUCCGGACAAGAAGAGGCCCAGGGGAAGCUCAUCCCUCAGUAAGAGCGAUAAAAAAACUUCAAGGAAAAAUUGGUGGGUGAAAACCAAGGAGGGGCUGUCUUUAGCCCCAGACAAUUCUUCUAUUGUUUCCUUUUUUAACAAUGCUCCCCCCACCAGAAUUGCCUGCCCCUUAUGUGGACAGAUGGUACCAAGGUACAGAAUCAACCAGCAUAUUGACGAAGGGUGCGGAAAUAACCAGAAUGGUGAGGAGGUGAAUCUGAUUGGCUCAGCAUUGGAUGUCAUCCCUGGGCCGUCUGCUGAAACUGGGCCUGUGGGUUCGAGCCCAUGUUUGGCCGCCACGGGCUCAACCCCAGAGAAGAACCCAGGCCUUUCGGGGGGAGACAGCCUUGAUUCAGAAGGAAGGGCAGGAGAACAGACGAGUCCUUAUUUCAAGAAAGUCGGGAGACUAGCAUCGCUCAAUGAGCAACCUAGGAUUCGUGCCGUUAAAAAUAUCUCCCUGGGAAGCUUGUCGACCAGAUUGUCCAGGAGGUGGCAUGCUCACAGCGGUGAUGGGUUGACUCGGGAAGACCAGCCCUGCCCAACUCAAGUUGGCACCACGGAGCAGAACCCCAAGCAGAAACCUGCCACUUUGGGUGAAGGCUCUCUGAAGGAGAACCGGGUGCCUCCACCAAGGUUUCAUAGAUGUCAUGGUGCUCUGGAAGGUUUAAAUAAGGCAUGUGAAGUCCCAAGCGUGGGGCAAGGAAAUGGCUCAGGAUCUCCCUCUGAUGACUUGGAUGAUCCUGCUCUGGGGUCAUGUCCCGUAGAUAGCAGUGAGCUUGGGCUGUCACAAAACGGCCAUCAGCAACUUGACCUCCAGGAAAAUCCAGAUGUUCACCAAUGUGGAAUAGGUUCAAUAGCAGUGAAGGAAUGGUUGACAGCUUAUACUAAAGAAGAGCCGUCGAAGUUGGAAUCCCGCUGUUUCUCCUCUAACAAGCCAGAUCCAUCAACAGAAGAAGCAUUUCACAAUCGGAUGCCAAGGUUCUCCUUUUCAAUAGGAGAUGCUAGGGCACGGCUUCCUAUGGAAGACGAUGCAGAUGCAAGAACUAAAGUCAAGGAUGAUGCAUGCUUGGCAACUUCAGAAAAAGCAAGUUUCCCAAAUUCAAGUGGGAGCAUUGGGCCUGAGCUGGACUCAGCUGGGCACCCCUAUUAUCUUCAAAAUUUUCUGAUGGUCCUGGAGGCUGUCCUGAAGAACGAUGAUGAUCGGAGACUGUUCAGUGAGGAAGAUUUGGAUGUCAUUGCUCACUUCUACAAGCUUUCAGCCAGCGGACAGAAGCUGUACGUUAGGCUUUUCCAGCGUAAACUGGCCUGGAUAAAAAUGAAUAAAAUAGAGUACGCGAAGAUCAGCUCGGAUCUUUCGCCUGUGAUCGGAGAGCUGGUAGAAGCGGGAUUCCUGCAGUCCGAGGCCGAAUUGCAGAACCUGUCGGAAGUCCUCAACUUACUUUCGGCCCCUGAGCUGAAGACUUUGGCGAAGGCGUUCCAUUUGAAGAACCCCGCUUCUCCGAAGCAUCAGCUUCUGGAAGAUUUCCUCCGGUUGGCAAGGCAGCGCUCCGUCUUUGGCACCAGCCAAGCUGGGAUUGGAAGUGUGAUCCUAAAAAGGGCUAAAGUUCUUGUGGGGAAAUGCAUCAAGGUUUGUAAAGGCCCCCGGGCUGUUUUCUCCCAUGUGCUUCUGCUUUUUUCCCUGACGGAUCCUGUGGACGACGACGAAGCUGGCAGUGGUGGCCAGAGACAACUUUCCACGGUGCUCAUGGUAAACAUGGGCCGGACGGUCUUCCCCACUUACACAGUCAACAGGAAAACUCCCAUAUUUCAGGAUCGGGAUGAUUUUAUUAGGUACGCUGAUGCUGUGCAUAUCUCAAAUGACAUUUGUGUGGCCAUGACCAGCGGGCACUGGGAAGAGGCGCGCCGCCUGUACGAGGUGGCGAAAGGAUCGUGGCAGGAGCUGAAAGGGCACCCUUCUCUCAGGCAUCACCGAGCCCUCCCAGAGUAUCUGCGGCGUUUCACCAUUGGGUGGCUGUAUACGCGCAUCCUCUCGCAGGGAGUAGAGGUCUUCCAGCGGCUGCACAUGUACGAGGCGGCCGCGGAGCAGCUGCAAGAACUUUUGGCCCAGGACGUUUAUUGCGUUGACAGCCGAGGACAGUGGUGGGAGCGCCUCGCUCUGAACUUGCACCAGCACCUGAAAGACACCGAGAAGGCUGUCGCUUGCCUCCGGAAAGGCCUCCUGGAUCCCUUCCUUCGCCCAGGCCACCAGCUUAGUCUCUCUCAGCGAGUCCAGAGGAUGAAAGAUACCCUGGCGUGCCAGAGGUUCAAGCACCUUCUUCAUGACCUGCCUCUUUUUUCUGUGGAUGAUGUUACCCAUGUUACCAUCAAAGGAAAACUGUGCCCACAGACUGGGAUGGGAAAAUCUGUGUUCAUCCUGGACAGCCAAGGGGAGGGUCCCAAACCGCUGACGAUAGUCUGCUCUGUUGAGGAGCUGGCCUUAGCCCACUACAAGUGGCAGGGCUUCGAUCAAGGGAUCCACGGCGAAGGGUCCACCUUUACCACCCUCUAUGGCCUCCUGAUGUGGGAUAUCCUCUACAUGGACGGCAUCCCGGAUGUCUUUAGGAAUUCAUACCAGGCUUUCCCGCUGGAUCUGUACACAAGCAGCUUCUACAGGAAUCGCCAGGCGGCCAUCGAGGGCAGACUGCAGUCGCUGCACGACGCGUCGACGGAGACCCUCCAGAAAUGGGUGGGCGAAGUGUGGCGUGUCCAGGAGGGCAAAGUGGCAGCGCUGAUCAACUGGGACUGCUUCUCUUCCCUCCAGCAAGCCCAGAGCCUGGUGGGCUGCCUGGGAGGCCCCUUCCUGAGCGGAGUCUGCCAGCGACUCUCCAGAGAUCUGCGCCAUCGCAGGGGCGGCCUCCCCGAUCUCGUCGUCUGGAGCAGCAGAGACGGCCAAUUUAAGAAAAAUCUUGGACGCAAGGAACUCAACAGUAGGAAAAUUAACUUUUGCUCCAUUGAAGAUAAGAGAAGGACUUCAAUUGUGUAAUUUAAGGUCCUUGAAUGACCAAAACAAGUCAGCCAGCAGCUGGGUGAUCAGCUGUAGAAACUUGGGGUGUGGGAGGGGAG